AAAAGCGCGGCGCGAGGGUCGCGUCAUCAGUUCUCAUAACGAACGCGACAAGCGACAAGUUCAAGUGUAUUCACAAGUGCCUACAUUUUAGUGCCGACUCGCAGAUUAAAUCAUCUACGUAAUAGAAAAGUUACGACAAGUAUCUGAUUACGUUGAGAGACUACUCGUAAAAGAGAAGAAUAACAAUGUCGAAAGCACCGGCAGUUGGAAUCGACCUGGGUACCACGUAUUCCUGCGUGGGUGUUUUCCAACACGGAAAAGUUGAAAUCAUCGCCAAUGAUCAAGGUAACCGGACUACACCGAGCUACGUAGCCUUCACCGACACCGAGAGGUUAAUCGGUGAUGCGGCGAAAAACCAGGUUGCCAUGAACCCCAGCAACACCAUUUUUGACGCAAAGCGUUUGAUCGGUCGCCGGUUCGAUGAUGCGACGGUACAGAGUGACAUGAAGCACUGGCCGUUCACGGUAAUCAAUGAGGGAGGCAAACCAAAGAUCCAGGUAUCUUACAAAGGCGAAAUGAAGACCUUCUUUCCCGAGGAAGUAUCUUCCAUGGUCUUAACGAAGAUGAAGGAGACAGCGGAAGCGUAUUUGGGCAAGACCGUGACGAACGCCGUUGUUACUGUGCCAGCUUAUUUUAACGACUCUCAGAGACAGGCGACGAAGGAUGCUGGCGCUAUCGCUGGUCUGAAUGUUCUCAGGAUAAUAAACGAGCCGACAGCAGCCGCAAUAGCGUACGGUCUCGAUAAGAAAGCCGCAGGCGAAAAGAACGUCUUAAUCUUCGACUUGGGCGGUGGUACCUUCGACGUGUCGAUCCUGACAAUUGAGGAUGGUAUCUUCGAGGUAAAAUCUACGGCCGGGGACACGCAUCUCGGCGGCGAGGACUUCGAUAAUCGAAUGGUAAACCACUUCGUGCAAGAAUUCAAGAGGAAAUACAAGAAGGACUUGAGCACUAACAAGAGAGCUCUGAGACGUCUGAGAACAGCCUGCGAAAGGGCGAAGAGAACGUUAAGCUCGUCGACGCAAGCGAGCAUUGAGAUUGACUCGUUGUUCGAGGGUAUUGAUUUCUACACAUCGAUCACCAGAGCUAGAUUCGAAGAACUCUGUGCUGAUCUGUUUAGAAGCACUCUUGAACCCGUCGAGAAAGCACUUAGAGAUGCGAAGAUGGACAAGGCUCAAGUUCACAGUAUAGUUCUAGUCGGUGGCUCCACCAGAAUACCAAAGAUUCAAAAGUUACUUCAAGAUUUCUUCAACGGCAAGGAGCUGAAUAAAUCCAUUAAUCCGGAUGAAGCCGUUGCUUACGGCGCAGCAGUUCAGGCGGCUAUUUUGCACGGUGACAAGUCUGAAGAAGUUCAAGAUCUACUUCUACUGGACGUGACCCCGUUGUCGUUGGGUAUUGAAACCGCUGGCGGUGUCAUGACAACUUUGAUCAAGAGGAAUACGACGAUACCAACGAAACAGACCCAAACGUUUACCACGUAUUCCGAUAAUCAACCGGGAGUACUUAUUCAAGUUUACGAAGGAGAGAGAGCGAUGACCAAGGAUAACAAUAUUCUCGGCAAAUUCGAGUUAACUGGAAUACCACCGGCGCCUAGGGGUGUACCGCAAAUUGAAGUUACUUUUGAUAUUGAUGCGAAUGGCAUAUUGAAUGUCUCUGCAAUUGAGAAAUCUACUGGCAAAGAAAAUAAGAUCACGAUUACCAAUGACAAAGGACGUUUAUCGAAGGAGGAUAUAGAGAAGAUGGUAAAUGAAGCCGAGAAAUACCGGUCAGAAGAUGAACAGCAACGGGAAAGAAUUACUGCUAAAAAUGCUCUUGAAUCGUAUUGCUUUAACAUGAAGACCACGAUGGAAGACGACAAGGUUAAAGAUAAGAUUGAUCCGUCUGACAAGGAAAAAGUUAUCUCCAAAUGCAACGAAAUUAUCUCGUGGUUGGAUGCCAAUCAAUUAGCGGAGAAGGAAGAGUUCGCUGACAAGCAGAAAGAACUGGAAGCUAUUUGCAAUCCUAUUGUCGCGAAACUUUAUCAAAGCGGUGGAGCACCUGGUGGUUUCCCUGGUGCUGGAGGAGCAGGACCCAACCCCGGCGCCGGUGGUGCCGGACCAACCAUUGAGGAAGUUGAUUAAAUCGAUUAUCACUUUAUUCUCUCAUAUAGCUUAAACAAUAUUACAUUUCAUCUCAUUUUACAACACGUAUUGUUAUUUAUGUCUAACAUUGUUUAGUUCAUUUCUUGUAAAAUAAAAUUUUUUAUUUUUUAAAGAUUA